GAAAUGGACACGGUCAUUUCUCUUCUCGUUCUCUCAGCUCUACCACAGCUUGUGACACCACAGGCUGCCCAGACCUCGUUCAGAGCUGUGGCAGAGCUGGUGUCCGGGGACUCGAGGGUCUUCUCAGGAGAGAGUGUCCGGUUGAAAUGCAGCCUUCCGGUUGUCCACAGUUUAUCAUGGAGCUACCUGUGGUUCAGGGGAUCUGAGCAGCUUUCACAGGUUGGGGAGCAUCUCUAUCUGUGGCACACCAAGGCUAAAGACAGUGGGAAAUAUUACUGCCAGGGAGUGAGGGAGUCAAUAGUGGGAGACAUAAGUACGAUCCAAAGUCUGCCUGUGGAGAUCAACGUAGAUGGAGGAUGGGCUAUCCUUCAAGUGCCACCUCAUCCCGGCCUUGUUGGAUUCACUUUAAAUGUAACGUGUCGAGUCCGAGGUGCACCCCAACUUCAUGAGGUGAUUCUGUACAAAAAUGGGCUUGAAAUAAUGAGACAAAGGGGCCUCAACCCAACGUUCCAUCUGCCCAACUUGACCCUGCAGGACCAAGGAAGGUACUCCUGCAGGGCUUCCUGGGAUGCAAACAGACGCACGCACUCUGUGAUUUCAGCUGAAGCUCCUGUGCAGGUCUUAGAGGUUGUAUCUCAACCAAUUCUGCAGAUUGUUGCUAACCAACACCUGAAUUCAAUGAAUAAGAUGAAGCUUAUCUGCCACUUCCAAUACAACGGCCCUGCUCCUGUGCCUCCCGUACACUACUAUUUCUAUGAGAGUGAAAACCGACUGGGAACAGCAACCUCUCAGAACUACGAUCUAGUCAAACAGACCCAAGGGAAAUACAGAUGCAAGGUCAAGAUACCUGAGUUGGGCCUAUCCAGGUGGAGUGAGCCCAAAACCUUCGGACAAGAGACAGGACCACAGAUGAUGAUGCCUCCUGUUCUUCACCCCAGAGACCCGCAGCCUUUAGCACCACCAGUUUCAUCCCCACACCCCUCCCUGCCACCUGUGACAACAACCACAGCGUGGCCCUCACCUCAAAGAUCUUCUGCAGCUUCUACUCUCAUACAACCUACCAACGCAAGCACACGAACCUCUGAUCUACAGCUAAACUCUUCAAUGAAAGCUCCAAGCAUCCUGCUAUCCACAAUCCAGCCAAACAAGCAAACUGCUAUAACCAUUCCUGUCAGUAUAUAUGAAGAAACUGGUGAAAUGACGAAAGACUCUGGUGGUAUUCCAGAGGAAUCCAGAGACACACCUGAUGAAUUUGGUGGCAUGCCCAAGGGAACAGGUAACAUAUCAAAUGAAUCUGAUGACAAACCUAGGGACUUUGGUGACAUGUCUGAGGAAUCUGGUGACAUUCCCAAAGACUUUGGUGACAUGUCUGAGGAAUCUGGUGACAUUCCCAAAGACUUUGUUGACAUGUCUGAGGAAUCUGGUGACAUUCCCAACGACUUUGUUGACAUGUCUGAGGAGUCAGGUGACAAGCCAGAAGAAUUCUUUGACAUGUCUGAGGAAUAUGUCAAGGGACUUUGAAAACAAAGUUCUGUAUUAACAUAUCACACAUUUUUGACAGUCCACAACCAGAGUAACAUUUGCCACAUCUCAAGACAGUCUGGCUGCAGACUGUUCAUCCGUUUGACCUGCAAAACUUAAUCACAAAAAAAGCUUAUGAAAAUGAUUAAACAUUUUGCUUACAGGAAAAAAGCUUGUCCUCCAUGAAAACAUUCUAACACAGCCAACAUAGUUUUAUUUAGCUGUGAAGGUUACGUAGAUAAUGAAGCUACAUAGCUGUGUAGCUACAUUAGCUAAGGUCAACAAGCAGCUACAUAAGCUACAUAUCUAUGUAUCAAAGUUUGCUUUAGCCAAGUUUGCUAAGGCUCACAUUGCUAGAACUUACUUAGCUGUAGAUGUUGACCUACCUAGCAAAUGCGCUGCACAGCUAAAGUUAAGUGCACAAAGCAGCUAUGUAAGCAAUGCAGUUACAUUAUCUACCUAGCUAUAUAUCUGUAGCUACAUUUGCUAAAGUGCACGUUAGCUACAUUGGUUGAAGUAAUAGCAUUAAUUAAUAACCUAGCAUAGCUAUGUUAGCUUUAGCUUAAGAUAACAAAGAUAAAGUAAAGUCCACCAUUCAUGUAACUACUUCUGAAACGGGUAAUUUAAUCCCGGAUUAGACCCUUGACCUUUUACUCCAUUUUAUUUAUCAAAUAUUGCUGAGGCUGUUAUGUUUGCAAUGUGGUUAUUUCAUGAGUGUAACUUUUAGACUUUGUUAAUGAAUAAAGUUGAAUUGUUUUUUUUUAAUUAACGGCUGGAAUUAUGUUGUACUGGCAAAUCAGAUGACCAGCAUCUCAGAUGAACAGUCUGUGAGAGUGGCUAUCAGAAAUUUAUGGUCUGCUGCCAGACCUCUUUCCAUUUUGACUAUCUGCAGUAAAUCAUGCUUUCAGGACCAAUGUGCUGCCAUUGAACACUUUGAUGUAUACAUGAAUGUACCAUAUUGAAUUAACAGAUUACUAUUUGUCAUUUCUGUCUGAUCUUUCAUUUAGGUUCAUAUCUGUAAAAACUAACAGGAUCAAUGUUUUGAUGAUAAAAGCAAAUGCAGUCUUGGUUAAGCAUUGAAUGAUUGCAAAAAUAAAUGACUUGAAGUAA